GUGCAGCCGCGCUCCCGCGGGUUCAUUCAUAACGAGGAGGCGCGACCGACGGGGCGGCCCCGGGGGGAGCCCGGGGGCUCCGCGGUGAGGACAGGUCUCCCCGGGUGAUGAAGAGGAGCGGGAUGCACUGGUGGCUUGUCACCGUCCUGGGGGUGCUGAGCAGAGCCGCCCAGGGGGCCGGGAGCUGCAGUGCCCCGGAGCAGGGGACAGCGGGAUGCCCGCCCGGAGAGGAGCCCAGCGGGGAUCCAGCGGGGACGUGCCGAGCUUGUCCCCCCGGCACCUUCUCGCUGGGCGACGCGUCCUGCGCCGCUCACACCCAGUGCCGGGCCGGGAACAGGGUCCUGGUGGCAGCGGGGACAGCGGCGAGCGACAGCCGGUGCGGAGCCUGCCUGCCGGGGUUUCACAGCCCUGGAGGGGAGAGGGAGCCCCGGGGCCGGUGCCUGCCCUGCGCCGCUGCUCCCCGCAGCACCCCGGGGUGCCCAGGCCGGCGGAGAGCCCGCAGCCCCGAAAUGCCGGGCCGGACACCAGGAAGCAAUGGGACAAGGGUGACCCUGCUGGGUGAGGAAGAGGAGGAGGCAGCGGCAGCACAGGCAGCCGUGCUGACCAUCGUCCCGGUCUUCUGUGCCAUGGGAUUGCUGGGAAUCCUGGUCUGCAACCUGCUGAAGAAGAGGGGUUAUCACUGCACCGCCAGCAAGGAGCCCCAGCCAGGCGGCACCGGUCCCAGCUCCAUCUACCAGCUGGAGGAUGCCAACGAGGACACCAUUGGCGUGCUGGUGCGGCUGAUAACCGAGAAGAAAGAAAACGCAGCGGCGCUGGAGGAGCUGCUGAAAGAGCAUCAGAGGCAACAGCUGAUGCCACCGAGCUGUGCCCCCCUCAAUAAGCUGCACCUCCUGCCUCAGUUUCCCCCCGCCUGCCACCACCAGCAGCACCUGCACACGGUGCAGGGACCGGCCCCGUGCGCCCGCUGCGGCCAGAAGUGGCCCGAGGUGCUGCCAUCGCUCAGUGCCACCAAAGCCCCCAGACCCGGCGCUCAUCCCAGCGAGGUGACCAUCCUCUCCAUCGGCAGGUUUCGGGUGUCCCGGAUCCCUGAGAUGAGGAGCGAGGCGGCGGGGGAGCCCCUCCGUGGUCCCCUCCCCGCCAGCAGCGGGAUGUGACCCCUGAGAUGGAACAGCACCCACGAGCAGGCACCUGGCCUGGGGGCUGCCUCAGGGGUCAGUGACAGCCACAAAGACCCCGUGGAGGGGAUGGAGGACACUGGGCACUGUGUGAAAGCCAGUCCCGCUCAGAGCUGCAGAGUGCUGGAGGUGGCAGCUCAGCUUCUGCCCCUGCCACCAAGGUGUCCGACAGCAGCACAGCAAACGCAGCGUCUCUCUCGGCUGGUGAGAAGGAUUCUCUGUCCCUGAGGCCUGAUGGUGGCCACAGUGUGGUGGCCUCACAGACAGUAACUCCAGGAGCUGCGAUGCCGGUGGUGGUGGCUGCAGGAAUAAUCAUCUCUGGGAACCAUGCUGCCACAACACAGCUCCGCGGGGAGCACAGAGGACACUGAGUGCCAUUUCAUGGUCACCUUCUGGGUCUGUUGAACUCUCCAGGACCAUCAUGAACUCCUGAUUUCCCUCCAUCACCUGGUGCCAGCGCUCAGCAUCACACAGUAAUGAAUCACUGGAUCACGGAAUGACUCCCCCCUUCCCAACAACCCAGCUGGGGCAGGGAUUGCUCCGAGCAAAGCUGGUCUCCUGUACCCACCCCUCCAUCCUCUCUCCCAAGUCUCAGGUUCAGGAGCACAUGGUGGUGAUGCUCACCAUGAAGAUCACACAUUUCACUUUCCACAGGAAUUGCUUCUAUGGGAUCACACUGGCCUGGCCAUGGGAUAUCCCUGGGAUAACCCACCCAAGGCUGGGCUGGAGACCAUCAACCUCAACCAUCAACCCAAAAAAAGGGUUUGUGGCUGGUCCCAUUCACCUCUCCACGACAUCACUGUGCCAAAAAACCGACCACCAAACCCUCUCGGGCUCUUUUAUUUAUUUAUUUAAUUUUUUUUUUGGAAACAUUUUAAUAGUUAUCGAAUGUUCUACAUCUUACAGUAAAUAUCGUACAGUUACAAACUCUUGGCUGAAAUCUGUCAGGGAGAUCACGACCUGAUCCUCAGAACCAAAACCAGAACAGAAAACAAACGGGAAAAUAACCCCAAAUUUACACUUCAGAUGGACAAACUGAGGCUGUGGGGCUCUCCAGGGCAUCAGUCCAAGGCCAUGUUCCCUACACACCUGUGAGAUGUAGACUUGGAAGACGUGGUUACUCUUGGGUUUAAUUUGUUGUUGUUGUUGUUCUUUCAGGGAUUUUUUUUUUGGUAUUUAUUUUUAUUUAAGAGGUCCAAUAAUACUUAAAAACCA